UUCAGAGCCCCACGAAGGACCAGAACAAGACUGAGUGCCUCCUGCCGAUCCAAACAUGAGCUGCCUGCCCGUCCUGCUCUUGCUCCAACUCCUGGUCAGCCCCGGACUCCAAGCUCCCAUGACCCAGACAAUGUCCUUGAAGACAAGCUGGGUUAACUGCUCUAACAUGAUCGAUGAAAUUAUAACACACUUAAAGCAGCCACCUUUGCCCUUGCUGGACUUCAACAACCUCAAUGGGGAAGACCAAGACAUUCUGAUGGAAAAUAACCUUCGAAGGCCAAACCUGGAGGCAUUCAACAAGGCUGUCAAGAGUUUACAGAAUGCAUCAGCAAUCGAGAGCAUUCUUAAGAAUCUCCCCCCAUGCCUGCCCAUGGCCACGGCCGCACCCACGCGACAUCCAAUCCGUAUCAAGGACGGUGACUGGAAUGAAUUCCGGAGGAAACUGAAGUUCUAUCUGAAAACCCUUGAGAAUGAGCAAGCUCAACAGAUGACUUUGAGCCUUGAGAUCUCUUGAGUCCAACGUCCAGCUCGCUCUCUGGGCCGUCUCACCACAGAGCCUCAGGACAUCAAAAACAGCGGAAAUUCUGAAACCUCUGGGUCAUCUCUCACACAGUCCAGGACCAGAAGCAUUUCACCUUUUCCUGCGGCAUCAGAUGAAUUGUUAAUUAUCUAAUUUCUGAAAUGUGCAGCUCCCAUUUGGCCUUGUGUGGUUGUGUUCUCAUUUUUAUCCCAUUGAGACUAUUUAUGUAUGUCUGUAUUUAUUUAUUUAUUUAUUUAUUGCCUUCUGGAGCGUGAAGUGUAUUUAUUUCAGCAGAGGAGCCAUGUCCUGCUGCUUCUGCAAAAAACUCAAGAGUGGGGUGGGGAGCAUGUUCAUUUGUACCUCGAGUUUUAAACUGGUUCCUAGGGAUGUGUGAGAAUAAACUAGACUCUGAACA